AUGCCUGUUGGAUCCAGUGGCGUGCACGACUGGAUCGCCGUUGGAGUGCUGCCUAUACGUGUGGACCCACCAUCCCCGUUUAAUGUAGAGACAAGUCUGGGAAGCACUUUUCUUUUGGACGAGAGCUUGCGCGACAAAUUGUUCGCGAGUGUCCAAGACGCCACGGCGCUGACCCAUUUGCAAGUGCUGGAUGCAGAGGGAGCUGCGCGCGUUUCUGUGGAUAGUGAUUUUUUGUACUUGUGGGCAUCAGGUAUGCACUCGGGCCCCCUUUUUCUCCAGGUAUGGGCCAAGCGUGCGGGAUGCGAGAGCGGCGCGCACAAUCCUGCGCAUCGGGCGCUGUGGGAUGCACUGCUCAAGCACAUACACACCAGCCCUGAGCAAUGGCACUGUGAGUGUAUUUUGCAUGAUACAAAAAAUGCCUUGUUUUGGAAUCCGCCAUUGACGGCAUGGUCUUUGUCGGAGCUGUACCGAAACCUGCCGAGCCCACCGCACGCAACCGAAGAAAUCGACAUGAUGCUCUCUGCGCUACCGCUAAAGUCUACCCUCUUACAGCACCAAAAAAAAUCACUGGCCAAGAUGCUGCAGCGUGAACGAGCACCGCAUGUGUACUGUGACCCGUACUAUCUGGAGCGUACGUCACCAAACGCAGCACAGUAUGCGUUCGACGCACCGCAGUGCCGAUUUUUAGCUAUGCAGGAUGUGCACACCUAUCGCGACAGCAAAGGCGGGAUUGUAUGCGACGAAAUGGGUUCUGGCAAGACGUUCCUUUGUCUUUGCCUGAUUCUAGCGACCAGAACCGAUUUGGCGCAUCCAGAACAGGACCCCAUGGCCAGUCAAGUCACGACAGAAAUAGGGUUGGCGUUGCCCCAGUCUGCGUAUCACGGACUGGAUCCAGCUGCGGCACGCGGGCGCGACAGGAUAGUUACCGCUGCAUUCGGCGCGCCGAGUCCCGGCGAAAGAAUCAGCCGUGCGACGCUCCUCCUUGUGCCGCUCGCGCUGCUAAAUCAAUGGGUCGAACAGAUGGAUACACACGUCGAACCAAGCGCAUGGCGUGUUUUGGUAGUGUCGGAUAUGCAUACACCACUUCCCAAUGCACAUACGCUUGCACAACAGUAUGAUAUUGUGCUUAUGUCCAAUACACGAUUUGGCAAAGAAGCGACGACAGAUGGCCAGGAGUUGCGAGCGAAUUUGGACGAGUCGCCCGUGAUGCAAGUGUGCUGGAAGCGUGUCAUGGUUGACGAAGGCGAGGUGCUUGCCGGUGACUCUCUCAUGGUCAGACUAUGUACACAGCUGCGGGUAGAGCGUCGCUGGAUCAUUACAAAUACGCCGAUUGAGCUCCUCUCAGGCACCGGUGUGCACGACAAGCGUGGACUGCCUACUGUAUGGUCCAGCGCGGAGCGCAAAAGUCUGGACAAGUUACGGCUCUUGCUGGUGCGCUUCUUGCGUUUGGAGCCAUUUUACAGUGCGCGUGGAAAGGCGCGAGAUUGGCAUACAUUGAUUGCGUCUGGUAUGGACAAAAAAGCGCAUGAAUGGAUUGCCAAACGUCGAUUGUACGAUAUGCUUGCUCGUGUUAUGGUACGCAAUCAUCCACAAGACGUGGAGAAGGUGUGUCGCUUGCCUCCGCUGCAUCGGCGUACAAUUAAGCUUUCAUUCUCGGACGUGGAACGGACAACGUACAGUGUAGUCGAGGCGCUACAAACGCUCCAUGCACCACUCUCUCCCGGCGACUUGGCGCUCGCGUGUUUCCAUUUGGCUGGUCCGGGCCUGGUGGACGAAGUGGAACGCGCAAGCAAUGCAGCACAUGCGCAGCAACCAAGCAGUCCCCAGUUUCGUGCAUUGGAGCAGUUGAGCAUGGCAUUACAUGACCGCGCAUGGCGUGCCUCUAUGCGCUGUCCCGAUAUUCUCUACAAAGUGCACAGUGAGGAUGCUGUGCUUUCCCGUGCGUGGUCCACAGACAGCGCGUUCACUUCCGAGGAGCUGCUACGUCUUCAGCACGAAUGCAUGCCAUUGUUAGACGGCAAGCACACUUGUGAUGCGCUCCGCGAAACGCUGCUUACGCAGUCAGCUGCGCAGCCUCGGGCGAAACGAGCGCGAUACGAUACCCCAGUGCGUGUGCAAAGCCAUGGCGCGCAAGUGCAGCUUCCUUUUGGGAUGGACGACGUCGAAAUAUACCGUGCAUCUUCGUCCAAGCUCAAUGCAGUGCUUUCGGAGAUCAUGGAAGCUGUACAAAACGAAAAAGUGCUUGUGUUCUCUUCCUUGGAUGCUGCCUUGCACGAACUCGAUGCAGUUUUGGCGCUUGCGCACAUUCCACACCGCUGCUAUCUCGCAGGUACGCCGCAGAAACACCGAAACGCGUACGUGAGUGCAUUCAUGCAAUCUCCCCACAUUCGGUGCCUUUUGCUGAGCACGGCAGUAGAUGUGCGUGGAAUGGAUUUGCACUGUGCCAGCAGAAUUAUCUUUUGCGAGCCGAUUCGUCACAUCGAGGAGUGGCUCAUGGUGAAACGUGCGUGGCGCUUGGGGCAGACACACCCAGUCCUUGUCUCGACAUACCUCAUGCGGCGAUCCAUUGAAGAAAACGAGGAAGCAGAUGCGGAGACACCUGCUCUUGUCUCGGCAGCGCCAAGGGCCGCCGAGUUUACAUGGCGGACGAAUUUAUUUUGCGCGCCCACAAGCUCUUCUGUACAAGGAUAG